AUGGCUUGCAUGGAGCUGCUCUACCUGGCUGAGGAGAGCAGGCAGGUGUCCCUGGGCACUGCUGCUGGCUGGAACCUGCCCUCCCCAACCUACGAGCAGCAGCAGCAGGGUGAGGGGAGUGAGGUGGACCCCAGAGCAGCUGCUGCCGUGGCAGCGCCUCACUGUGACAGGCAUUGCAAGCCCUUGCAGAGGGGCCCUGUGGCUGAGCCACCCUCAGCACCCCAGCCCUCCACCUGGGGCACCUCACCCCAGGAACACCCCACACCCCCCGACACUUCCCAGCCCUGCCACCUGCCCGAGCACUUGCCUGGGGAAGAAGAUGGAGGGAAGAAGAAAGCCUGCUGUUGUGCCCAGGAACUCGAGACCUCAUUCACCUGCGUGGAUGAAAAUGUAAACUUGGAGCAUGCAAGAAGUGCCCUGAGUCCUACGGACAACCACUGCCAUGAUGGCCCUCUGCAGCAAUGUUCCUGCAGGGACCUGCCGCCCGAGUGGGUGCAUGAUUCCCCUUCCCUGGUCUCUGAAGAGGAUGAUCCCGCCUCAGAAGCGGCGGCCGGGAAGUCUGUGGAUUAUGGGUUCAUUAGUGCCAUUUUAUUCUUGGUUAGUGGCAUUUUGCUGGUGAUCAUUUCCUAUGUAGUACCCAGAGAUGUGACUGUGGAUCCUAACACCGUGGCUGCCCGGGAGAUGGAGAGGCUGGAGAAUGAGAGCGCUCGGAUCGGGGCUCACUUGGACCGCUGCGUUAUCGCUGGGCUGUGUCUCUUAACCCUGGGGGGAGUGGUGCUCUCCAGCCUGCUGAUGAUGUCCAUGUGGAAAGGGGAGCUGUACCGGAGGAGCAGGUUUGCAUCCUCCAAGGAGUCUGCAAAGCUCUAUGGGUCUUUCAAUUUCAGAAUGAAGUCUGGUGCAAAUGAUAAUAUACUCGAGCUGUCAUUAGUUGAGGAAGAUGUGCUUGCUGUAGAUAAUUAGCGUGGUCAUGAUUUUUAAGGCAGCAUUUCUACAGGAAAAUAUGUUUCAUUAACGAAAACAGAUGCAGCUAAAGAUAUCUGGUGAUGCAGUUUUUUUGUCUGACAAGAGUGGUUUUUUUCUUAAGCUCUGUAAUCGAAUGUUUGCAGUAUAUGAGCACUUGUUGUAAAGGGAAAAUGUGCCAGAGAAAAUGUAACUGAUAUAAAAUAAUGGAAACUACUGAAUGCAACUGAUAUAAAAUAAUGAAAAAAAA